GAUCCGGCAGAAGAACCGGCACCUAAUUUUGUCCGCCUGAAGUGGUCUGGUGCUCUGUUAAGUGUUUCGGCGCGGUUUUUGGGGACCAUAAUACUUUCGAAAUGCUUCGAUCCUUCGCCAUACUCUCGGGCGCCUGUAAAUCGGGUGGCUCCGCUGUUAUAUCAUCAUCCUUUUCCCGUCCGCCGUUCGCUCCCUCGCUGCGCUUCACAGCCUCGGUGAAACACUGUUCUACCAAAUCCACCGAGGUUAUCACACCAGCAGCACCGGAAAAGACGAAAGAGGAUGCAAGUAAGAUCGAUAACUGGCACACCAUCUACCACUUCCCAUCGAUCAUGAUCACAGCCUCGGUUAAGCGACUGAAAUACUAUCCAACGAUAGUGACGGCUGUUUCCGUACCGGUGUCGAUCGCGCUUGCUUACGCGAACAUCUGGUCGAUGACCACGGCCGAGAUAGUCGGAGCGAUUGGACUCACCUCAACGAUGACUCUGUCGCUGUUCAGCCUACUGACAAACAACCUCAUCGGGUUUGUUUACUGCGAUGAGACGCAGAGCAAAGUGAAGAUCUCCUUCUUGAAUGCGAAAGGAAAACGGCAGGAUCGCGUCUAUUCGGUGGAUGAUCUCGUACCUCGGUCGGAAUUGCCUCGCUCGCUCCUGAAACUGUACUUUCCGGUAAAGAAUCACGAAAACAGCGACGUGUACAAGCUGGUGCACCGAUACGGGGAGAUUUACGAUGUUCAAACGUUCGAUAAGGUGUUUGGCCGAGAAAUCUUAAAGAAAUAGUGCGGAGAGUAUAAUAAAGAGCUAAAAACGUU